AUGGGAAAGUGUUACAACAUUGAAAUUAACUUGAUUGCUUUUCAAGAAAAAUUAGGAAUAUUGAAGAUACAUGGAAAAUGUUACAUGACAAAAGAGCGUGUGAGUUCAUUUUCACUGAAAGCUAAAUACAAGAAAAACCUUUCACUUGAUGAUGUUUUACAAGUAAAUGCCGAAAAAGAAUUUUCUUUUAGUUUUCAUCUAGGAAAGGAUUUCAUUUCUUAA